GCGAAAUGUACUUCGCAACCAAGUGGGUGAACACAGUCGGGAGAGGCGGCUGGCGCGGGGUUGGGGUCGGCGACUGAUGCCACCCCACCUUUCCAUCACCGCACAUCAACACGGGAAUUCAUGUAUCCAACGAAAUCGCUUACUGUUCUCCUUUCGUACAAUAAAUACAACAAUCGCGAGGCUGUUGGCUUAUAUAACCCGACUAUACCAACGAACUCUAGCAUACGCCAUGACACUUCUUAUGCAAAGCGCAUACUGACAGCAGAGCAAUAUGAAUAUCAAUAACAGCGGCAGACAGAUUCGUGCUUGGGCUGCGGUCGGAGCCAUGUCAAAUCAAGCAAUAUUUGACCGUUUCGAUCAAGACAUAAUCGACAAUCCUCCAUUUUCCCCUGAAGAACUUAGCGCGUUAGAGAGAAGCUUCGAGUCAGCCAGCGACAACACUGGUCAUGUCUCCAAAGCAGCAUUCACAGGACUCGUUCUUUCUCGGGGUGACAUUCCGCCUUUGUUUACAGAAGCUGCUGGGAUUCUAUUUGAUAGCCUCUGCUACCUGAGCACAGCACCUCUGCAGACCACUUCACCGCCACACGACUAUUUAACGCUCAAAGGGUUAAAGCGCGCCCUUGUAUGGUCAUUCCCGUACAAAGUACUUUCUGCAGUUACAACGAUCUCUGGAUAUCGAUAUCGAUCCCCAGCAGAUCAUCGGAGGCUUAUUUUCCAGAGCCUAGCAACCUUAUACCAUGGCCGACGCCCGCCAUUCGACAAAGAAGUUGCAAGAGCGCUGGCAGCCGACAACGCAAGAGAUCUUCCGCCGGAUUUUAGAGGUGGCCCAGUUGACGAUGCUGAUGUCAACUUUGACGAUGAUGGAGACGAGAUGUACCAUGAUGUUUUGGAUUUUCUUGCUUUAACACAACCUUACGUACCGCCAACUUUUGCUGAGCCGUGUCGCGACGGCUUCCGUGAUCUUGCAACGAAGUUUCACAAAGAUGCCCCGUCAUUGUUGGACCUGGCCAUACCCAGGCCUCGACUAAAAUUGUUCCUCUCACUGCUACUCGAAACAAACCUCAAGAACCGAAUAGUAGACUGCGCCGUGGACGCUGACCUGGAGCUUCAAAGUGCGGCACAGUCUAUGGAGGCAUGUUUCUAUCAGUCUUUGAGCUUGGAGACUCAGGGGCCCAAUUCCCCUGCAGGAGAUCUGCCUGGACCUUUUGAUGGGUGUACAUGGACAAUGUUCAACUUUGCCAUCUCUAAACUGCUGCCCCAUCUCUUCGAUUCUUUCUACAGUCUACUGUCUACUAUCUUCUUCAAUCAACCUUGCCGGUUCGAUGCCAAUACAGGGUACGCCAAGCCUGGUGCGAUUCUUACGCUUCCUCGUAUGGUUCAGGUGGAAAGCUUUCUGUACAACUCGAUUUGCAUGUCGGAGAUUCGUCGUUUCGAAUGCAACACAAGUACCGCUGGAUUGAUCAAGGCUAUCCGGAGCAUUGACGAGUGCGCCUUGCUUGUAAUCUCCGGUCACACAGCAGCCAACAAGAUGUACGUUUUCGGCGUCUUCAUCGCUCGGCCGCCCGUAGAUGGGCCCUGUAUACAGAAUGGUGGAUCCGAAUUCGAUGAAACAGCUUUGCUCUUCCAAUUGAGUCCUACUCACGAUGUGUUUCGCGGGAAGAUUGGCCUACCGGCAUGGCAUUCGGACGAUGAUGGCUGCAUCUUUGGCAACAAAGAUCACGGUGCCGCCUUGGCUCUCGAUGCCUCGUUGAUGAACGCUCGAUUCACGCACAGGCUCUUUGAAGCUGACGCAAAAGCUGUCUAUGCUCCCACUGUACAUAGGGGUGAUUUUGAGACGUUGUUGUUUAUUGAUGGGUUUGAAGAAUGGGGCGAAUGUGUGUAACACGGAGAGACUCAUGGAGGAACCCCAAUCGGAGCUCUUGUCCCGAACUGCUCAAAUCCUGGUACGCGUGUGGAUUCCAACCGGAGAUCUUGAAGUGUUUGAGGACCGUUACGACGUUGCAGGAACCCAUUCAGUUGGACUGUGUUUACAUUUUGUCAGUGUUCGUGACGUUGGUAGGAGUGUAAACAUAACUGUGGGUGCUUCUCAUUGAGCAUCGUCGGUUCUUGGGCGGUUUGUGUCCAAUCAAGAUGUGACAUAACUCGUGGAAAUCAGUCCUCCUGUCCGACUCACUAUCCGUUGUGGUACGAUUCGAAGUCCAUGCCGCACACGUUCCCG